AUGGUCAAGCUCACUGAGGUCGAGGAUGAGCACUUCACGGACAAGCCCACUCCCAGCAAGAAUGACGCUUUGCUGGUCUCCGAUGACGAGGAGGACUACACCGACACCGAGUCCGAGAUCUCCAACGAUGACGAGGAGGACCUUGAGCUCGAGGAGGAGUCCCUCUACGACCGUCUCUCCGCCCUGAAAGACAUCAUCCCACCCGGCGCCCGCCGCACCGUCACCAGCUCCGUCUCUUCCCUCACAUCCUUCACCAAGGCCAGCCUGUCUUUUAGCGGCAAGGCUCUCUGGGUUAUCAGCACCAGCGCUUUCCUGAUCGGCGUGCCAUGGGCGCUCGCCUACGCCGAGGAGGAGCAGUACAUCCAAAUGGAGCGGGAGCAGGGCAUGAUUAAGGGUGCCAACGAGAUGCUCACACCCGGUGUCGAAUCCGAGAAGCAGGAGGCCCAUGCCUCUCUGUAA